CCUGCAUCGCCUUGCAGCCUCAAACCGGAAGCCACAAAAUAAAGCACUUCAUCGUGUUACCAUUAGCUCUGUUUUUUCCGCCCAAAAAUCAACAUCGAAUCAAAACUCAAUUCCUUUCUCCCUCAAAUCCAUCCAUGGCACCCAAAACCCAGACCAAUACCAACAGUAACCAGACUCUUCUUCUGGGUCGAUACGAGAUCGGUAAACUUCUUGGCCAUGGAGCCUUCGCCAAGGUCUACCAUGCCCGUAAUGUCAAGACCAACGAGAGCGUAGCCAUCAAAGUUAUUGACAAAGAGAAGAUUCUUAAAGGUGGCCUUAUUGCUCAUAUCAAGCGUGAAAUCUCCAUUCUUCGCCGUGUUCGCCACCCUAAUAUAGUUCAGCUUUUUGAGGUCAUGGCUACCAAGGCCAAGAUCUAUUUCGUCAUGGAAUACGUCCGUGGCGGUGAAUUGUUUAAUAAGGUCGCUAAGGGAAGGUUAAAAGAGGAGGUGGCUAGGAAAUAUUUCCAGCAAUUGAUAUCUGCAGUGUCAUUUUGUCAUGCCAGGGGCGUGUUUCAUCGAGAUCUCAAGCCGGAAAAUCUUCUGCUUGAUGAGAAUGGUGACUUGAAAGUCUCUGAUUUUGGCCUUAGUGCGGUCUCCGAUCAGAUUAGACAAGAUGGUUUGUUUCAUACUUUUUGCGGGACGCCGGCGUAUGUUGCACCGGAAGUUCUGGCGAGAAAAGGUUACGAUGCUGCGAAAGUAGACAUCUGGUCUUGUGGGGUGAUUUUGUUUGUGCUAAUGGCUGGUUACUUACCAUUUCAUGACCAGAAUAUCAUGGUCAUGUACAGGAAGAUCCAUAAGGGUGAGUUCCGGUGUCCUAGAUGGUUCUCUCCGGAGCUCAUUAGACUUCUCUGGAGGCUUCUUGAUACAAACCCUGAAACUCGAAUUACGAUGCCUGAGGUAAUGGAGAAUAAGUGGUUCAAAAAGGGGUUCAAGCAUAUCAAAUUUUACAUCGAGGAUGAUAAAGUUUUUAGUUUUGACGCUGAGGGACAGCAGGAUGAUGCCGGUUCAUCCUCCGAGCAAUCACAGUCUGAAUCAGAAUCUGAAAUGGAAAAUCGAAGAAGGGUUACUUCAUUACCUAGACCUGCAAGUUUGAAUGCUUUUGACAUUAUAUCCUUUUCGCCUGGGUUUAAUUUAUCUGGGUUGUUUGAAGAUGGUGGAGAGGGAGCAAGAAUUGUUUCUGGUGCUCCUGUAUCCAAGAUUAUAUCAAAACUGGAGGAAAUUGCUAAAGUUGUGAGCUUUACAGUGAGGAAAAAGGAUUACAGAGUGAGUUUGGAAGGGUCUAGGGAGGGUGUCAAAGGUCCAUUAACAAUUGCAGCUGAAAUAUUUGAGCUAACGCCGAAACUAGUGGUGGUUGAUGUUAAGAAGAAAGGAGGGGAUAGAGGAGAGUAUGAGGAGUUUUGUAGCAAGGAAUUGAAACCUGGGUUGCAGAAGUUGAUGCAGGAGGAAUCUGAAACUGCGGCCGCGGCUUCUUCACAAUUACCUAAUGAAUCUUUACCCAAUAAUUCUACAUAUUUACCUUCGGAUACUGAAUAGAGAAAGAGAAAAGAAAAUGGAUACCUUACUUGAAGUUGAGUGGCAGAGAAGUAUUUGCUAUUAUUUACUGUUUAGUAGAGACCAGAUAUGAAUGCAUAUCAGUAGUCAGAGCAAGAAGAUGAAAAUUCUACCGGUUGUUAUUAAAUUUUUUGCUGGUAUUUUGUUCAAUAUCAAAGAAAGACACAUUUGGAUUUGGAUUGACCAGUUAAAAUCGCCUAGCUGGCUGGAGUUUUUCAAUUUUGUAAAAAUGAAGACUGUUGAUUGAAACUAUGAGUUCCCACUUGGCAAAACAAAUUACUAGACUAAGGCAAUUGAUGGGAAGGAGUUUUGGUUUGUAGCUGUUUUUCUGGAAAAAACUAAUGUGUUUCUGAACCUGGACGGGUUUAUCCUUAACUCCUGCAUUUGCCUUCCAAUAGUUUGGGGACUUGGAUACGUCUACAUAUUUUCCCAUGGUAUUUGUCUUUGAUUGUCCCUUAAACCUAACUAAAAUUGCUAAAUGAUGUGUAUGGAUAAGGCGUGUCAGGACUGGAUGGUCCAACCAGUUGUCCAGGACCAGGUUGUUAUGCAAAAUGGGGAUCACAGACGUGAAACCAUGAUAUGUUGCCUGGCCUUCGGUUAAAGGUGGGCAGCGAGUGAAGGAUAGAACUUAACAGUUUAAUGAUUUGGAUUUGAAUAAGAGAGGGGGGAGAAAUAGUCUGCACGAAGCUAUUUAUGGAGUCCUACAACAAAGGGAAUUGAAAAUUGUUUGCAUAAAUUCAUAUAUGUGCCAUGCCGACGUCUCUUGCAAAGAGUUGAUGGUAAGGCUGGACUCAUAUGGGAAAGGUUGAGGAGGUUGCAUUUGCACUCAUCUACUUGAGUAAGGUUAUGCAUUUCUUUUGUCCUUGCGUCUAAACCUGCUUGAGUGGCAUUAUGUAAGCUUGUUGAAGAUUCUUUAGAUUUGCAGAAGAUUUACAGCUCUGAAAAUGUAGGGUAUGCCUUUUUCGAUAUUAAAACUGUAGGAGUAGGACCACCCCGUAUGAGACACUCAUAUAAUUAAAAAAAGGUGUUUCCCAGUGCCUGUAAUCACACGGGCCUAUUUCCCUCCGUCUAUGGGAUCAUGAUGAAAUCCUGUUUCUUAGUUCAGUGUGUCUAUGGGAUCAUGAUAACGAUCACAGCUGUAUUGUAUGGAUUUGCUGCCAAUUUAAGUUUAAUCUUGUCUACCCCAAUAAUUUAGAGUCUCCUUUUCUUUUAUUAUAUAAUAAUAAUAUUAUUAUUUU